CUGUUUCGAUUUUGGGUGAUAUAACCUGACUAGCUUCAUGAAUACAAUGUGGGUUUCAUAUCUGCCCUUGAUAGCUGAACUGUAGCAACGCAUUGUACUGACACGGAACGAGUAAUCUCUAUCGAUAGCAAUUCCAAUUUAAAGCAGGAUGUUCCUGGUGGGGCUGACUGGAGGAAUAGCAUCAGGGAAGAGUACAGUGUCCUCAGCACUCCGCGACCUCGGCUGCCCCAUCAUCGAUGCCGACGUGGUGGCUAGGCAAGUGGUAGAGCCUAACAGCCUGGCGUACAUGAGAAUAGUGCAGCAUUUCGGCUCGGAGAUCCUGCUGGAGAACGGGGAGAUCGAUCGGGAGAAGCUGGGCCAGAUUGUCUUCUCCUGCAUGGAGAAGCGCAGGCUGCUCAACUCCAUCACGCACCCCGAGAUCCAGAAGGCCAUGCUCUGGCAGAUCCUUUUCUACUUUUUCAGAGGGUACCGCUAUGUGGUCCUCGAUGUGCCGCUCCUGUUCGAGACGCGCCGACUCACCCACUUCCUCAACCACACCGUGGUGGUGUACUGUGACCCUGCCACACAGCUCUCACGUUUGAUGCAGAGGGAUGGGCUUACCCAGGAGCAGGCUGAGCAACGCAUUGCUUCCCAGAUGCCCCUGAACGAAAAACGUGGGCUGGCCAAUCACGUCAUAGAGAAUUCAGGCACCCGUGAGGACACCCACAGGCAGGUCCUCAGACUGCAUACUAAGUUGGAGGACUCAAUGGAAUUUCUACUGGUAAGAACCCUUGCAGUUGUCGCAGCAGCAGGGUUUGGUGGGCUACUUCUGUACACUGCUAAACUUCUGGUCUUGUAGCAUUGGUUUACAAGUGUACUUGACCAGAUGUCGGCAAAUAUUAGUACUUUUUGCUGCUGUGCUGUCUAAGGGUUGUCAUAACAAACUGAAAUGCACCGAGUGGAAAUGUUUGAAAAUCAUGUACAGAUUUAACGGUUUUGAUUUCAGUUCAUUUCUGUGAACUGUUGUAAGGCAGUGGGCCUCAUUCACAACACUUAAAAAAAUUAUGCUACUAUUGUUCUUAAAAAUGUUCCUACAAAAAACUAAUAUGGGAUUCAUGGUAUGUGCAACCCAUUGGAUUUGUGCAUAUCCCAGCUUUAUGAGGUGAUGAAUGCUGACUGUUUGUAAAUUUUAGGUCCAACCCUGUUCAUGUGAUUAGCAUAAGGAAAUAGCCAUGAACAAAUACAAAUAAGGAAAAAAAUUAUGAAUGCCGAAAUGUUCUUGGAAUCAUUCUUAUACGCAGUUUACGAUCAAAUAUGAUUGUACAUGUUUUGUGAAUCAGGUCCAAUGUCCUUUUUACACUAAAUGAAUGUGAACAUAAUAUGCUUAUUCUUGGUAUCUGGCCCCUGCUAAUGGGCUGGGUUGAUUUUUUUUUAACAAAGCACUGUGUGAACAAAGAAGAUAUACAAAAAUAAUUGACACUUUUGCCUGUUUGUUAUAAUGCUUUCAGAUGUCAUCUGAAAGUCAGAAUAAUGUCUGUUUUUGUUUGUUUAGAUUUGCUGCUGUUAUUUUUUCAGGAAAAAAAAUCUAUCAACGAUCUGUGUAAAGAAAAUUUCUCAUUUUUCUCAUCUUUCCUGUUUUAACAAAUAAACAUGGGACAUUUUUCAUAC